GGGCAGCUGGAGCUCCCGCGCCUCAAGGGCUAGAGCAGCUGACCCCGAGACGGGAGGAAGGCCCGCCUCCCCUUGCCCGCACCCGCGCCCCGCAUCCAGUCUGGCGGCUCCUAAGGGCCAGGAAUCAAGUUGGGAGACCCCCCGCAGGGGCCCGGCUUCCGUGACAACGAGAAGGCUCCCGUGGCUCCAUCCCUGCUCGGGGCAGCCACCCCCCCGCCAGCCCUGGGCUUUGCAGCCUCACUGGCCGGGAAGGUGGACACCUCACACCUCAAUCUCCCAAUUACACCCUCCGCCCCCUCCUCCCCCUCUUCUCUCUCCUCUCCUCCUCCCCUCUCUCUCCUCCUCUCCCCCCUGAAAACCUUGGCCCCAGAGACCUCGGCUUCUCUGAAACUCCACUCCUGGGGUCUGCUCGCAUCUGCUCCUGAGCUUGGGGGCAGGGGCCGCGCGCCCCAAGAAAUCCGUCCAGCGAUGGGAACCGCCCGCCUGCUGCCCAACCUCACUCUGUGCUUGCAACUCCUGAUCCUCUGCUGUCAAACUCAGGGGGAGAAUCACCCGUCUCCUAAUUUUAACCAGUAUGUGAGGGACCAGGGCGCCAUGACCGACCAGCUGAGCCGGCGGCAGAUCCGCGAGUACCAGCUCUACAGCCGGACCAGCGGCAAGCACGUGCAGGUCACCGGGCGACGCAUCUCCGCCACCGCCGAGGACGGCAACAAGUUUGCCAAGCUCAUCGUGGAGACGGACACGUUCGGCAGCCGCGUGCGCAUCAAGGGGGCUGAGAGUGAGAAGUACAUCUGCAUGAACAAGCGGGGCAAGCUCAUCGGCAAGCCCAGCGGGAAGAGCAAGGACUGCGUGUUCACCGAGAUCGUCCUGGAGAACAACUACACGGCCUUCCAGAACGCGCGGCACGAGGGCUGGUUCAUGGCCUUCACGCGCCAGGGGCGGCCGCGCCAGGCCUCGCGCAGCCGCCAGAACCAGCGGGAGGCGCACUUCAUCAAGCGCCUCUACCAGGGCCAGCUGCCCUUCCCCAACCACGCCGACAGGCAAAAGCAGUUCGAGUUCGUGGGCUCGGCCCCCACCCGCCGGACCAAGCGCACUCGGCGGCCCCAGCCUCUCACGUAGUCGGAGACGCAGGGCCGGCCGCCCCUCCGCCGCCUCCCCCUCCCCGCCCUGGCCCUUCCCAAGCCAAAGACUGGGGCUGGGGUGGCGGCAGGGGCGCCCCGGCAAGCGGGAGAGGGUCGGGGGUCAGACCCCGGGAAAGAAACUGUGGCGCCGCCCCCGCCGCACACACCCCGCCCGAGGCCUCGCGGGCGGAGCUGCUCCGGUCCCGCACCCCGCCCCGCGCCCAGGCUCCUCCGCGCUGGGUUCCGGGGACGAGAAAGAAACAGGGUCGGCCGUUGCUCGCCUGCAUGCCGCGACCCGGGCGUGCACCC